AUGCAUCUCCGAAAAUUCCUCGCUGUUCUCUUCUCCCUUGCCGUCGUUGGACUUUCAACUCCAGUAGUAUCAAAAGAACAACCCCCCAACACUACCCACAACAACAUCAAACCCAUCCCCACAAUUCCAACCCAAGCCCAAACCCCACCCAAAGCCCAAGAACCUUCCCAACUCACCAAUAAAAACACCAUCCAAAGUAUCCAAACCAGCAAUACAAUAAUCGAAGGAUCACUCAAUCGCAAAACUAUUGAUGAGUCUCUACUGGGGAUUAUUCUCGAGCUCCCUACAACACAAACACGUGUGAUGGAGUGGAAGAAACGGGGUGAUGAGACGGUGGUUUGGGUUCAGCCGCCCCCGACUUCGAAGAUGCAUCCUCCUGUCAUUGCUAGCAAUGAUACCAGACGUAUGCACGUGUAA